AUGGCGUGUCACACAAAACUACCGAAGGUGGACAACGAAGAAUUGUCCAUUAAGGGCGCGCAUCUGCUAGGACCCGGUAUAGAGUCGAAAUUUGACGAGCUAAAGUACGAAAUAGUCCAUAAAAUAGACAACGAAUUAACAGAUUCGAAGAACGCAAGAGAUUAUAUAACACAGAAAUACGACGAGCUCUGUACGAAGAUACAGUACUUGACUGAGCUGGACGCCACUGUAAACGGCUUUCGUUCAGAUGUCAAGGCGAUAGAGAGGCAAAUAAUAGAGCUAUCAGCAAGAUUGGAUGAUAUCGAGAAGAGAGCGAUCAGCAAGGAUUGUCCAUCAAUAACGUCGUCUGUUUUGGGGUUGCCUAAAUGA